AUGACAAAUAACUGUGAAGGUAGAUACCGGGGUAUUCCACACCCAACGGAAGAAAACGGGGGCUUCCCAACCACUGCCCUUCCCUCCCAUGCCUUACGUAAUGUUCUCAAGCGAGCUGAGUCGCCACUAAUGUUAGGAUUGGUGUCAGCCGUCUUCGGGACACUACUGCCCGGUCCCGGAGCUGUUGUCGUCAACCAAACCAUUCACUUCACUAAACCCCUACAUGUGGGCGAAGAAGUGUGCGCUGAGGUCACUGUCAUUGACAUCCGAAAGGUGUUCAUUGAAUGCAAAUACGUUUGCUUCACAUCCGAUGGAAAGAGUGUAAUGGACGGUACGGCGCGACUCGUUAUGGUUUCAUAAUUGAC